AUGGCGACCAAACGACAAGCCCCCUCCGACAGCGACGCCCGCCAACAACCCCCCAAACGCCCCAAACCCAGCACCAGCACCCCCUACCACCACCAACAACGCCCGGCGCACCACGGCAAAAAGUCCUUCAAAAAAGCCCACCCGGUCAACGAAUUAAAAUCCACCGUCCGCUCCCUCCGCCGCCUCCUCGAACGCAGCGACGACCAACUCCCCGCAGGGAUCCGCAUCGAAAAGGAGCGCGCCCUGCAAACUGCGGAAAGGGAUUUGCGCGACGCGGAGAAGGCGAAGAAGAGGAGUGAUGUGAUUGGGAAGUUUCAUAAGAUAAGGUUUUUUGAGCGGCAGAAGGCGGAGAGGAGGUUGAAGAAGGCGAGGAGGGCGGUUAGGGAGGCUGAGGAGGAGGGGGAGGGGGAGGGGGAUGUGGAGGUGGGGCUGUUGAGGAGGAAGGUGGAGGAUGCGGAGGUGGAUUUGAAUUAUGCGAUGUUUUUUCCGUUGGAGAGGGAGUAUGUUAGUCUUUUUCCGACGAGGAGGGGGGAGGAGGAGUCAGAGGGGAGGGAAGGGGAGAGGCAGGGGGAUGUGGAGAUGUGGGCCCUUGUGAAGAGGUGUAUGAAGGAGGGGACGCUGGCGGAUUUGAGGGGGGGGAGACUGUCAGCUAGUGGGGAGCGUCUGAAGGAUGAGGAGGAGGAGGAGGUUGCACGUCCGGCGAAGAAGAAGAAGGCUGGCAAAGUUACUAGCUCGAAACAUGUGCAGAACAAAGACGAGGAGGGAGAGAGCGGUGACGAUCAGACUGGAGGAGGCUUCUUCGAGUAA